AUGCUCCAGCACUUCACACUUACUUUUUGCCUUUUACAAUGGAUUCAAGUCUGUCUGUGCAGUGUCACCACAGACCCGGAGUUUGGUGUUCUGGAGGGCAGGAAUCUCACUGUUCCAUGCCAUUAUGAGCCUCAGUAUGCUGGAUAUGUAAAGUACUGGUGCCGUGGGCGCAUGAAGGAGUUCUGCACCAGCCUGGCCCGCACAGAUGAGCCCAGCCCUGACAUCUCAACACUCUCAAAGCAGAAAGUCACAAUUUAUGACGAUCCGGUGCAAUUGGUUUUCUCUGUGACCAUGACGCAGCUGAAGGAGGAAGACUCUGGCUGGUACAUGUGCGGAGUGGAGAAUGGAGGCAUUUGGAGUGCCGAUCCACAUGCAUUCACGGACAUAAAGGUCAUUCAUGGUAUGUCGGUGCCCCACAGCAGACUGAGCGGAGAAGAAGGAGGCAGUGUCUCGGUUGAGUGCUUAUACAGUGAAAAAUACAGAGAGAGCCCAAAGAAGUGGUGCCGCAGCGGGGACUGGAGCUCCUGUCUGCACACAGACUCUGAAGGCGUGCACUCAGACGGCUCAGUGGACAUAAAAGACGACAGAACUGGGGCAUUUACUGUGACCUAUAAGAGGCUCCAGGUGAGGGACAUGGGCUGGUACUGGUGUGGAGCCGGAUCACAGAAGGUCGCGGUGCACCUCCAGGUCCUGCGUCGGGCCACCACUAUGAUGCCUGUCACAACUUCAUCCACUGAAAGUGUGCCUCAGCCCAUCACCAGCACAUCCUGGAACACUCAAAGUUAUGUCCUGGGCUCCGCGCUGGUGUGUGCCUCUUUCCUGCUCAUCCUGGGAUUUGCCAUAUUUGCACGAAAGAAACUGCUCAAGAAUGAUCCUGAUCCAAGACACGACGCGGAGAUGAAAGUCAGAUUCAAUGACUAUUCCGAGGAGGUGGGGGAGACGCAAACAUCUGCUAUAGUUUUCCUCAACAAGAAUUCCCAGAGUUCAUACAUGCUUUGA